AUGGCGCCAAGGUGGAAAUGGAAAGGGCUUUUGGAACCAAUUUCAAAAACAGUCUCAGAGCUCCAAUCUUCUUUGACCCGAGCCAAGGCUUCAGGUGUCCUCACAAGUUGCAAUGUCCUACUAACCGUUGAGGCAGAGCAAGCUAAGCUUUUGGACCGUGGUUGUUUCGGUAGACCCGUAGUUUGUGCCGAGAAUGACAAGAGAUGGAUCCAGUUAACUUUCGAAGAAGCUUUCUUUCUGUUCUACAAUCUAAAAUGCAUCAAGAUUUCCUUUCAAGGUUGUUGCUUGGAGAACAAGGUAGAGUUAUGGCGAUUCAUAAGAUUGUUUAAGCCAAACUUUGCUACAUCUUACAAGGCUUAUUCCCAUUUAAGAUCAAAGAAUUGGAUUGUGAGAUCAGGGUUACAAUAUGAAGUUGAUUUCGUGGUGUAUAGACAUCAUCCGUCUCUUGUCCACUCUGAAUACGCAGUUGUGGUUCGGUCUAUUGAAGUGAAUGACCGGUUAAGAGUGUGGUCGGAUAUCCAUUGUUGUGUCCGGCUAACCGGAAGCGUCGCGAAAACAUUGUUGGUUCUUUAGGUUAAUGGAGAAGUGAACAGAGAGGAUAUGAAUCUGCCUGUGUGUUUAGAGGAUUACACAGUGGAAGAGCAUACAGUACGUAGAUGGAGUCCAGAACUUAGCCGUGAAGAUGAAAACAGAACAUGA